CAUUCCAUCGAACCCCACCAUUCCUGUCACUCCCACAUUCAGGGUCGGAAAGCAAGUUAGUUCUCACAAAUCUCAUCUCACAAACUGAAAACAACAGAAAACAACAGCAACAAAACCCAAGGAUACAUCAUGAUGAAGCAAUCUCGUUCCAACAGCAUCAACAACAAGAGGGUCAGCUUUGGCUACGAAGUCGACAUUCCCAUGACAGCAGCACCGGUGAUGCUCACGUACGAAUAUCAGCAGAGCAAAUGGUACACAGAGAGCGAACUGACCUUGAUCGAGAUUACGAACAGAACCAUGGCAAAAAACUAUGGUGUCUCUAGAGGCCUGGAACUCGUGUACGAUGAACUCUUUGGUCAACAAUUGGAAGCAUUUCAAAGAUAUCACACCCGCAGUGUCCUCGGAGAGCAGCGCGCUCAGCAACAAGAAACAGGUUACGUGGAUGAUUUGGAUCUCCAACUGUUCUCUCGGUACAUCUCGGAGCGUUCGUCAAUGGAUGCGCAGUAUCGAGCUACACCAAGACUUUCUGGAAGCGGCGGAUAUUCCCAGAAUUGGCUCGGAUUCAGAGAGCUCCUGGAUUGGUGCUAAUAUUAUCAUGGUGCAACCCAAGACCAGCAUGCCCCGACACCCACCAAGUGGACGCAUUGGAGGAGCUGCGGCAUAGAGGUCUUGCGAAUAACAAACGAUUGCACAAUGAACAGAAAACCAAUUCAUAGCCUAUUAAUAAAAGAACAUAGAUGCUCAAGAUUUAUUUACAAGUC